AUGGCUAAGCUUAGCAAGCACACCUUUCGGAUCAGCAGACCCUUCAACCAGAACCUGCUGUGUGCUCUGAUCCUCUUUUGCUUGCCAGGCAUCUACACGGCGCUCACAGGCCUGGGUGCUGGUGGCGGCAAGCCUACUUCCCUUGUUGUCGCCAAUCAGACGAAUGCAAUCCUCUAUGGCCUCUAUGCGCUGUUCGCCUGCCUCGGCGGCAGCAUCGUCAACCUGCUCCGGCCCAAGCUCUCGCUCAUCAUCGGUGCAGUCGGGUACCCUCUAUAUGUCGGGAGCCUGUGGUACUACGACCGCACGGGUGCGACGUGGUUCCCCUUGUUCGCGGGAGCGAUCCUCGGCGUCACCUGUGGCAUCCUGUGGACGUGUGUGAGCAUGGUCGCCUUCUCGUACCCGCAGGAGCAGCACAAGGGCCUGUACUUGUCUAUCCAGUGGGCCAUGCGCUCGCUCGGUGCGUCCGUCGGCAGUGCAAUAUCGUUCGCUGCGAACUUCAACCAGAAGAAGGCGGUGGGCGUGACCGACCCAGUGUACAUCACUUUCAUCUGCAUCCACUGCCUGGCGUUUGUUUUAGCCGGGCUUUUCGCCCUCGACCCGAAGGACGUCACCCGCGACGACGGCACGCAUCUCGCCAUCUUCAAGCAGCCGACGGUCGUGUCUGAGAUCAAGGCACUUGGGCGCUGCUUUCGAGACAAGCGCAUGCUGCUGCUGACUCCUGCCAUGAUAGUCUGCGAGAUGGCACUUGGAAUGACCUCGACUAUCAAUGGCUUCUACUUCAACCUCCGUACACGAUCCCUCGCCAACCUCGCCUUUCAACUCGUCCAAAUAAUUUCUCCCAUGGUGCUCGUGGCUAUCCUCGACACGAAGCGCAUUAAGUCUCGCCGGCGUCGCGGGACUAUUGGCGCAGUGCUUAUGGGAGUCGUUGCUAUCGGCGCCUGCUGCGGUCUCUAUGGGUGGAUGUACAAGGUCGACUACGCCGGGCUCAAGACUGCGCCGGGGACGGACUGGACGGAUAGCGGGUUUGGCGGAUUGUUUGCCGUGUACGUCUUGUUUGGCUGGGUCUACGCAGGCUUCCAGAUGAGCGUCGAGUGGUGCUCAUCAUCGCUAUCGAACGAUCCAACCAAGUCGGCCCAGUCGGCUGGGUACAUGCGCGGCAUGGCGUCGCUGGGUAUGUGCAUCGGGUUUGUCAUGGCGGCGCAGCAGGUGCCCCUGGUCGGGCAGCUGAGUCUGCAGUUCGCGCUGUACAUCAUUGGUCUAGUGGGCAUGCUGUGGGUGCUGCGGUUCCAUAUCAAGGAAACCAACUACUUUGACGAGGACAACGUCAUUGCGCCCCAGAAAAUCGCGGAGCAGAUUAUCGACGACCAAGGCGGGCUUUCAGAUGAUCAGGCCAGGAACAUUGAGAAGACCCCCAGUAAGGACGCAGGGAACGGAUUGCUCCAGGCGGCUUAG